CGAGAGAGAGUGAGAGUGAGAGUGAGAGUGAGUGUGCUACAGGGAGAAGGGCUGAAGGGAAAGGAGAGAGAUUUUCUUCUCCAUUUCUCUUUCCAAGAAUUCAAUUCUGAAAUUCCAAAGAACAGUCGACAUAAUAUUGUUGACACAGUACGGCUAGGUUUUAGAGACCAGAAUAUUUGGGCUGUUUCUUUUACUAAUUAGCUUAUAUAUACGUAUAUCGAAGAAGGAAACAAAUAUGUAUGGGGAUUGCCAAAUUUUGUCAAACAUGGGAGCGAAUGUGGUCUCUUCAGAAACCCUUUUUUCCUCUGCCAUGGGAAACCCUAACUUCGACUUCCUGCCAAACAUGCCCUUCCAUUCUUUCCCUUCCAUCAUCCCUAAAGAAGAAAGUGGAAUGAUGCGUGAAAAGGAGGAGAUGGAGAGUGGUUCUGGAAGUGAACAAGUUGAAGAGAAGUCAGGGAAUGAGCAAGAGAGCACCGAGAAGCCUCUAAAGAAGAAGCGUUACCAUAGGCACACUGCACGCCAGAUCCAAGAUAUGGAAGCCUUGUUUAAGGAAUGUCCACACCCGGAUGACAAACAAAGGAUGAAACUUAGCCAAGAACUUGGUUUAAAACCACGUCAAGUUAAGUUUUGGUUUCAAAAUCGCCGUACCCAAAUGAAGGCACAGCAAGAUCGAUCGGAUAAUAUUAUACUCAGGACAGAGAACGAGACCUUGAAAAAUGAUAAUUACCGGCUACAAGCAGAAUUACGCAAUCUUAUCUGCCCAAGUUGUGGAGGGCCAGCCAUGAUUGGUGGGAUUUCCUUUGAGGAGCUUCGAAUGGAAAAUGCACGACUUAGAGAUGAGUUAGAGCGUGUCUGUUGCAUUGCUUCACGUUAUGCUGGCCGGCCAAUUCAAGCAAUGCAGCCUGCUUCUACAUUUGUUCUCCCUUCCUUGGACUUGGAUAUGAACAUAUAUUCAAGGCAGUUCCCAGACUCCUUGGGUUCUUGCACUGAGAUGAUGCCUAUGCUUAUGUUGCCGGGAACUUCUUCCUUUGCUGAAGCUGGACUUGUGUUGAUGGAAGAGGAAAAAACUCUUGCAAUGGAGCUUGCAAUGUCAUCCAUUGAUGAACUCGUGAAGAUGUGCCAAGCAACUGAACCUCUUUGGAUCAGAAACAAUGAGAAUGGAAAGGAGUUGCUUAAUCUUGAAGAGCAUGCAAAGAUGUUUCCGUGGCCUCUGAAUCUCAAGCAGCAUUCAAAUGAGUCGAGGAAUGAAGCUACUCGUGACAGCGCUGUAGUUAUAAUGAAUAGCAUCACCUUGGUCGAUGCCUUCCUCGAUGCAAAUAAAUGGAUGGAGCUGUUUCCUUCGAUUGUUGAGAGCAAAACUGUUCAAAUUAUAACCUCAGGUGUUCCUGGUGCUAGUGGUUCUCUUCACUUGAUGUAUGCAGAGCUACAAGUUCUUUCUCCAUUGGUGCCGACUAGGGAGGCCUAUUUUCUUCGCUAUUGCCAACAAAAUGUAGAGGAAGGAAAUUGGGCAAUUGUUGAUUUUCCAAUUGAUGGCUUCCAUGACAACAUUCAACCUUGUUUCACCUUAUACAGGAGAAGGCCCUCUGGCUGUGUCAUUCAGGAUAUGCCCAAUGGGUACUCAAGGGUUACUUGGGUAGAACAAGCAGAGAUUGAGGAGAAGCCUGUGCAUCAGAUAUUUAGUCAAUUUGUCAGUAGUGGGAUGGCGUUUGGAGCUCAUCGUUGGUUAGGAGUAUUACAACGACAAUGCGAGAGGGUUGCUAGCCUCAUGGCCAGAAAUAUCUCAGACUUAGGAGUGAUACCUUCUCCGGAAGCAAGAAAGAAUUUGAUGAGACUGGCACAAAGAAUGAUAAGAACAUUUUCUGUGAAUGUAAGCACUUGCGGUGGCCAGUCAUGGACAGCCUUAUCUGAUUCCUGCAAUGACACUGUUCGAAUUACGACUAGGAAAAUCACUGAGCCUGGCCAACCUAAUGGUGUCAUUCUCAGUGCAGUAUCCACCACUUGGCUGCCCUUUCCUCAUUACCAUGUCUUUGAGCUCUUGAGGGAUGAGCACCGCAGAUCUCAGCUUGAUGUUCUUUCUAAUGGGAACGCCUUACAUGAAGUUGCUCACAUUGCCAAUGGUUCUCAUCCAGGCAACUGCAUUUCUCUUCUUCGCAUCAAUGUUGCAAGCAACUCUUCCCAAAACGUAGAGCUGAUGCUGCAAGAGAGUUGCACAGACCAAUCUGGAAGCUUGGUUGUGUACACAACCGUCAAUGUUGAUUCAAUCCAGCUAGCUAUGAGUGGGGAAGACCCAUCUUGCAUCCCUCUUCUUCCAUUAGGGUUUGUGAUAGUUCCAGUGGAAUCCACCUGUAACAGCAACACUGUGAAUGAAGGCAACUCUAUUCAAUCUUUACAAGAAGGAAAUUGUACUAAUUCAGGAUGUUUACUCACCGUGGGGCUCCAAGUACUUGCCAGCACAAUCCCAUCUGCAAAGCUCAAUCUCUCCAGCGUUAACGCCAUCAAUAACCACUUGCGCAACACAGUGCACCAGAUUACUUCCGCUCUUAGCACCUCCGCUGCCUCCUGCCCUGAGCAUAAUGCUGCACCCCAGGGCAGGACAUAGGGUAGUAUGUAUGUGUUUUUAUCUUGAAGAGUGACGAGAUAUUGGGUACUAAUACCAAAUAAAUUAGUAGAGGGCAGUAGUAAUGAAAAUUUAAGGGUACACAAAAAUGUGUACACAAAUUCAGUAUAUGGUAAAUCGUAGAUCAUUGGUUGAGUGAGAUCUCUUGCUCAUUCAACGGUCCAAAAUUUUCAUAACUGAAUUUGUGCACAAAUUUUUGUGUUAAAUAAAAAGAAAAAGAAAAAAAAAAAGGUGUACGUAGGUCUAGGUUUAUGGGCAAGUAAGAAAGAAGUGUAGCAUUCAUAGAGAAUGCAGAAAUGCAAGCAAGAAGGGAAAUGAGGGAAGAGAUAUAUUAAUAUAAUAUAUGGGAUGAUAACGAGGAUGUGACCCUUGCUUUGUGGUAAGACUUUAAGUUUUUAAUUUAUUUUUUUAUAAAUAACAGUAGAAAAUGAUGAUGGAGCCUCACCAGUCAGCAAGGGUGGUGGUUGGGUAUUGACUUCUGCUUGUCGGACUAUUUUGUAUUCCAAUUUAAUGCUACUCAUUCAUAUAUUUCUCUUCA